ACGCUUCGUUAUGGCCUACUAAACAAAUGUGAUGCUUCGCCAUUCAACCCGCCAUGGAUGUCCUGCCUCCUCCAGACUACCCUCCAGUUCACCCGAGCGAGUACCCUCAAAUUCCAACUCGAACACCUCCGGCGACGCUUGAAAUAUCGCGUACUUGUUGUGUCAGUGGUGAUAUCCAGGAAUUUCGAGCGAUCCUGGACUCACAAGAUCCUUCUUCGCAGGAUUUUGACAUAUGUGACUUUCAUGCGAUAAUGAUCGAAGCCAUCAAUCGAGCCGACGUGCAGUUCAUCAAAGAGCUACUUGAUCAUGGCUUGCCCAUGGAUUCACUCUACGCAUUGGAAGCUGUUGGCGCCAAGAGGAAGGAUGCCCUGGAGGUUUUCCUUAAAAAUGGAUGGGAUGUCAAUCAGCCCAUUAGCGAGCUGAAGCCUCCCAUACUGGGUUAUGCCGAUGAGGAAAUGGCAGGUUGGCUUCUUGAUCAUGGAGCUGAUCCCAAUCGGCAAUGUUUCAUUGAUCUCACCCCCCUUUCCCUAGCUGUGGAAACUGCGCAUAUAUCAGUCAUACAGCUCAUGCUCAGACGUGGAGGAGACACUCAGAAAGGACAACUCCUCCAUCACGCAAUUGAACGGAACUCAGAUAAUCUUGCAGUACUAAGUCUUCUCAUUGAAAAUGGGGCAGAUAUCAACGCAAUUAUGUACAACGAGCAUUACCCUUCUCAGGCUCUUUAUUACUUUAUGGGCCUUGGAACGGCUCUGCACAAAGCAGCUGAACUUGGCAAAGUGGAUAUAGUUCGAUAUUUAAUCAGCGAAGGAGCCGAUCUGAAUAUCAGAGAUGCAAAUGGUCGCACAGCUCUGGAGUGUGCAAAGAUGUCAAAUCACUGGGAAGUCAUCCAGGUACUUGAAAAAGGAAACGGCUUGUUGAUACAAGAUGCAUGAAUUCAUCGUGUCUCCAUUUGUGUCAACUGAAUUUCUGUUGCAUUCAAAAAUUUAUAUCAGCCUGCUGUACACUUGUUGUACUCUAUGUCCGACGUGGAAGGACAAUUUUAAUUCGUUCGUUAGAUCACCUC